CCGUCUGCGCAUGUGCGCACGCCUCCAGGGCGGCCCUAGCUGCUGGUCCUGCACCUCUAUGGUCUCGCCCUAGAGCUUCGCUAAUUUGGGGCAGUGGCCGCCGUCGUGUGGGUAGCAGGCCCCAGCUGACAGCAGCAUGGAGGAAUUCGACUCCGAAGACUUCUCCACGUCGGACGAGGAUGAGGACUACGUGCCGUCGGGUGCAGAGUACAGUGAAGAUGAUGUCAACGAAUUAGUGAAGGAAGACGAAGUGGAUGGUGAAGAGCAGGCUGAGAAAACCAAAGGGAAAAGAAGGCAGGCUCAGAGCAUUCCAGCCAGAAAAAGAAAGCAAAGUGGCCUCUUGUUAGAAGACGAAGAGGAAGAUGGCAAGGAACAAUCUGGAGGCAGCAGUAGUGAAGAAGAUGAAGAAGCGCAAGAAGGGGACCUUGGGUCAGAGAAUGCAAGAAAGAAGAAGGAAGAUGAACUGUGGGCCAGCUUCCUCAAUGAUGUGGGACCAAAGUCGAAAGCAGCCCCAAGCUCACAAGUUAAGGCAGCAGAGGAGACUGAAGAGACUAGUUCAAAUAAACCAUUGCUUAAAGCAGAUGAGCUAGAGAAACCUAAAGAGUCAGAAAAGGUGAAAAUUACCAAGGUGUUUGACUUUGCUGGUGAAGAAGUGAGGGUGACAAAGGAAGUAGACGCUUCAUCUAAGGAAGCCAAGUCUUUUCUCAAGCAAAACGAGAAAGAAAAACCGCAGGCUCUUGUCACUUCAGUGGCACCACCACUCCCUGCUGGGUCCGGGAUAAAAAGAACUAGUGGCAUGAGCAGCCUUUUGGGGAAAAUUGGAGCCAAAAAACAGAAAAUGAGCACCCUUGAGAAGUCCAAAUUGGACUGGGAGAACUUCAAGGAAGAAGAAGGGAUCGGUGAGGAACUGGCUCUCCACAACCGAGGGAAAGAAGGGUACAUUGAACGAAAAGCUUUUCUGGAGCGAGUGGACCACAGGCAGUUUGAAAUUGAGCGAGAUCUCAGGCUGAGCAAAAUGAAACCUUGACAUUCUGGGGAAAAUUAGUAGCAGCUUAAUCCUAUUGACAAUGUGAGCUCUUGUGUGUCUGUGAAAUAUUUCCCGUGUUCUUCAUCAUGUUUUCAGCAAGGCCCUUUUUCUACGUUGCAGUUUGUUUUAUGUAUCUUAAUCUCACCUGGUUUCGUUCAUUUUACUUUUUAAAAUUUGUCUUUAAAUAAACAAAUAGAAGCCCUCUGCGAGGUUGGUGAAAGUGAAGACGCCACUCCCCUUCCCUGUGCACUGCUACAAAGGCUGUGACGGCCAGCCCAGGUCCAGCUACUGCAUCUCAGACCUGUCUGUGAUGGUGAGAGUUUGUGAGGCCAUAGGCCUCUCUGAAAUCAGCCUCUCCUGGAGACCCUCAGGGGGCCUGCCUGGGUGCACAGAUGCUGUGUCUCUGGGCAUUUGUUCUCAGUUGAUUCAGCUUCUCCCACGUGAGAUUCUCAUGUUUAAGGUGGGAUAAAUUAACUUAAUGCUGAGUGGUUUUUUGUUGUUUCCCACUCCCUUUUUGCUCCUAUAAAAAAGAAGUCUACUUCAGAUGUAUUUUCUACCUCAGUAGAUCUAUAGUUUUUUCUUUGUCAAGGGAUAUUCUUGCCAGUAGUGCUGGCACACACCUAGAAUCCCCAGCACUUGGGAAGCUGAGAAAGAAUUGUUGCAAAUUUGAAGCCAUCCUGGGUUACAUAGUUUCAGACCAGUCUGGGCCUAAAGUGAAUCUUGUCUCAAAAAAGGGGGUGGGAAGUAUUCUAAAGACCUCUUGUUCUUUAUACUCCUUAGGAAAAUUCCAAACCCAAACUUCCUACCUAGGAAGCAUUGAAGAAGAAAAUAAGUAACAAACCACCCAUGCUAAUACAAUAUUAAAUCCGGUCACCUGCUCCUGGGGCAUGGGAAUGAGGAGAAAGUGGGCUUCAAAAACCACUUUCUGUUUCCUGCUCAGACAUAGCUCUGUGACAUUGACCACAGGUUUAUUUUCUGGCCUAUGGAUGGCAUGAGUCACAUCAGUGCCUCAGAGGGCUACAGUGAGCUGAUGCCAGCGUAAGGACAAGAAACACGUGGUCACAGUGGGCCUCCACAGCUAGGCCUCAGAUGUGUGGGUAGUGUUCGCAGCAGCCAAAGCUGAAUUGUUGGCACCAGGUGGUUAGCAUCUCAUUACCCACAAGGGGAGUUUACAGGGCUACCCGUGAGCUCAUGGUCUGUGCACAUCCAUCUGCGGAGGUCUGUCCAGGUGACCAGAGAACAUUUCAGGCUGUCAUCAGAUCAGGUAGUCUCUACUCACACCCCAUGAGGGCAGGACCUUCAUCCAUGGGCUCUAUGCAGUUUCUGUCACCUCUGUCUAGAAAAGGCUGUCCCUUUCUCCUGGGCAUCUGCUCCCAGCUGCGCUCUUCUGACCCAGGCAGUGAUGACGUCUCUGACCCAGCUGCACAGGCACUUUGCAGUGUGUCUGCAUCAUAAGAUGUAAAGUGGCCUCACAGCGGAGGCUGCAAAUGUGUGCUUACAGCGUUUCCAGCCUCUGUCACAAGCUGGAGGCCUCUUCUGUUUGUUUUUUAAAGCCGUUGCAGGAGAGUAGGGAGGGAGGAGGUGAACGCAGCUGGCCCUGCGUCGGUGGUUGCUCAUCCUGGAGAGGAGUGUAUACAGUCCGUAUGUAUGCUGUUCUGACUUGGAUGUGGAUUUCAACUUUUCUUAUUAAUAAAGCAUCUUUUAAAAGUUG